UCAACCAUUGAUGAGUUUGAUGAUUAGUCUGCAGAGAAACGUUGAACAGAUCAGAUCGCAAUUCACUAGUAACAACUGAGAAGCGUGAAUUAAUUCCCAUACUUUGGCUACUAACGAAAAAGUGGUUGAAAUUGUGGCGUGUGAUAGUGAUUUUUCAAAGAAAUAGACAUGGCUAAGAUUCCUGCUAUCGGCAUUGAUCUCGGAACGACCUACUCCUGCGUUGGUGUGUUCCAGCAUGGCAAGGUGGACAUCAUCGCCAACGAUCAGGGAAACCGAACCACACCGUCUUACGUGGCGUUCACGGACAGUGAACGACUGAUAGGCGAUGCCGCCAAGAAUCAGGUGGCGAUGAAUCCUAAUAAUACGAUUUUCGAUGCCAAACGCUUGAUCGGUCGCAAGUUCGACGAUCCGACCGUACAGUCCGAUAUGAAGCACUGGCCGUUCGACGUGGUAAACGAUGGAGGAAAACCAAAGCUAAAAGUCGAGUACAAGGGAGAGAAAAAGACAUUUUUCCCCGAGGAAGUUUCCUCGAUGGUGCUGACCAAGAUGAAGGAAACCGCCGAGGCUUACCUGGGCUACAAGAUUGCUAGUGCUGUUAUUACGGUACCGGCCUAUUUUAACGAUUCGCAACGUCAGGCUACAAAGGAUGCCGGAGCGAUUGCCGGGCUGAAUGUACUGCGAAUCAUCAAUGAACCGACGGCUGCCGCCAUUGCGUACGGUUUGGACAAGAAGGGUGCUGGAGAGAGAAACGUCUUGAUUUUUGAUUUGGGUGGCGGUACUUUUGAUGUGUCCGUUCUGACCAUUGAGGAUGGUAUUUUUGAGGUUAAGUCUACUGCUGGCGAUACCCACUUGGGCGGUGAGGAUUUCGAUAAUCGGAUGGUUAGCCACUUUGUAGAAGAGUUUAAGAGAAAGCAUAAGAAGGAUAUCUCGAGUAAUAAGCGUGCUUUGAGACGAUUGCGUACAGCUUGCGAGAGAGCGAAACGUACUCUAUCUGCGUCCACUCAAGCGAGUAUUGAGAUUGAUUCCCUUUUCGAGGGUAUCGAUUUUUACACAUCGAUGACGCGUGCUCGAUUCGAAGAGCUGAAUUCGGAUCUGUUCCGUGAUACGAUGGAACCGGUUGCCAAAUCUCUUCGCGAUGCCAAAAUGGACAAAAGCAAUAUUCAUGAUAUCGUUUUGGUCGGUGGAUCGACUCGUAUUCCAAAGGUGCAGAAGCUGUUGCAGGACUUUUUCAACGGUAAAGAAUUAAACAAAUCAAUCAAUCCAGAUGAAGCUGUGGCCUAUGGAGCCGCUGUACAGGCCGCUAUUCUACAAGGCGAUACAUCGGACGCGGUGCAGGACUUACUACUUCUGGACGUCACUCCUUUGUCGCUGGGUAUCGAAACUGCUGGCGGUGUAAUGACUGUUCUAAUCAAGCGUAACACCACAAUCCCGACCAAGCAGACUCAGACUUUUACCACUUAUUCGGAUAAUCAACCGGGAGUUCUGAUCCAAGUAUUUGAAGGCGAGCGUGCCAUGACUAAGGAUAACAACUUGCUAGGCAAGUUUGAAUUGAGUGGAAUUCCUCCAGCCCCGAGGGGAGUUCCCCAGAUUGAAGUUACCUUCGAUAUUGAUGCAAAUGGUAUUAUGAAUGUAUCGGCGAUCGAGAAAUCAACCAAUAAGGAAAAUCGAAUCACCAUCACUAACGACAAGGGUCGCUUGAGUAAAGAGGAUAUCGAUAGGAUGGUUAACGAAGCAGAGAAGUUCCGCAGUGAGGACGACAAACAAAAGGAAAAGAUUACUGCGAAAAACUCGCUCGAAUCCUAUUGCUUCAACAUGAAAUCGACUAUGGAGGAUGCCAAUAUUAAGGACAAGAUCCCCGAAACCGAUAAGACUUUGAUAUUGGAUAAGUGUAACGCGACUAUUAGCUGGCUCGAUGCUAAUCAGACAGCUGAAAAGGAAGAGUUUGAACAUAAGCAAAAGGAGCUGGAAGCAGUUUGUAAUCCGAUUAUUCAGAAGCUGUAUCAGAGCUCUGGUGGAAUGCCAGGUGGAAUGCCGGGUGGUAUGCCUGGAGCUGGUGGACCACCACCAACGGGAACUGCUGGCCCGACUAUUGAAGAAGUUGAUUAAAGUCAGCUGGUUGUGCUAGGGUAUUUGCAUAAUAAAAGACUAAUUCAAAACUA